CCUACAUUACCAGUUAUUCAUCGAUGUAUAUGUCCGCCAAGCAAUGGUGGCCCUUGUGGUUGCUGCCAAGACAGAAGACGACCGUUGUUGUUUUGCUAUCCCUGUCAGGGACUCAGGGGCACGGAGCAGCCUUUCUCUAGCCCCAUCCAAGGCAUCUAUAUUUGGUAUGAGCUUAAUUUGACCACCACUACAGGCAAAAACAACGACAAUUCUCCCACACACGCGAAGACAUCUUGGAGUGUGGUCCGGAGACGGCGUCGGGGUAUACGAAAGCGGCACGGGAUCGUGGUACCAAGAUUUCGGCCAGGCGCCAAAACCUUCUCAACAAAUGCGGCGAACAAAACAGGAAGCUGGUCGGAGGCAGUCGAGAGUAGGUUCUGAUGUGAGGUGGUGGUUCCUGGCGGCGUGUAGCCCCUCAAGCAUGAGAUCCAAUCGAUUCCAUCGAUCGAGACAUGGUGAGGCGGAGAAAGGGCUUGUUCGGCGACCAUGUGGGGGUACUCGGGACUGCGGACGUUACAAAGGAGGGUACUACUUCUCAGAACAGAGGUCUACGACAUGUCAGUUUUCGUUUCUCGUGUCUUCCGCACAUAUCAUGGCUCGGCAGUCGGCACAGAGAUUGAACGCGUUGUUGAUAUCGUGACGGACCAGUUGCGAUGCAACUCAGGUACUGCAGUCGAAUGACUUGUGUCAUGAUGCUCAUGCAAGGAGCUAAUUGUUCGUUCCACCGCAUGGAACUGCAAGUGCAACGUUUGAUACCCGGUGAAGAUCUAGAACCUUUUCAAAAUGGGGGUCCAGACUUUCUGUCUUCAAUGGAGGACGAGAAAGAUCCAGCAUCAUACCACCUUGCCGAAUGACGGUGAUACAUUACUCUUCUGUUCACCGAUCAUAUGAUAUCAUAGGUUUCAAGGUUCAAGUAAUCGCCGAAGGUGCCGCAAGGUCGGCGACGUUGUCAAGGAGGCGAGAUCUGAGCAAUAGCUGGUCGGUUCUUAAUUCUACUUGCAAUGCGGAACUGUGGGGUAAGAGUUAGCAAAUACCCCAAACUGAUGAAGGAUGUUGUCAUCGGGCCGAACCUGACUUCUUAAAGAGCUUCUCCAGCGUCGGAUCAAGGAUGUCACGUUGAGGGUCCUGGAACAAUGUCAGGGAUUGCGACGAUAUGGGGUAGAUGCUGUAGCAUGGGGAGGCUGUGCACCUCGAUGAAGAAUGGCGGUCACUCAGACGAGCAAAUAAGGCUGCAGCAACUUUUGCAUGGGGCUUGGUGCAUGCCGCGUCUUCCAAUUCGUUGCUUCCGUCUGUUUACACAUUAUCUGGGUGGACAUUGGGGUGAACCAGUUGUUGCACUUGUUCCAAAGCCAUGCUGAGGCGCAAUCCAGACCUUUGCUGUUUCUGGGUGUUCCACGGCAGAAGCCACUAUCUCCAAGUCUUGGCUUUUGCGGACUGCGCUCCGUCCUGGCGCAGUCCAGUCAAUGUGCGACGGGCAAGCAGCACCCAUGCCGUGGGCACCGGCAAAGCGCCCGUUGUGUCUCGUGCUGCAUCACCGAUAACUGAUAGGUCGAAAAUAAGUGGACAGAGACCGCCGGAGAAGGGCUUAUUUGGGCCAGCUCCCGUCCACGGCAGUGCGACAGUGCAAGUCCCCGAUCACCGCCCGCUUCGUCCAAGUCCUGCCCGAGGAGGAGUGUCGAUUGUGAGAAGACUGUGCAUUAUCUUUCGACAUUCUUUCCCAAAGCUGUGGUCAGUGGCUUUGGUGGCUUCAAUGGUUUCAACCGCUUCAACCGCUCAAACGUACAGUGCUACUAGAUACCUUACCAGAUAUGGUUGGAUGGCGCCGGCGUCGCCGCCAGGUGGAGAGCUGGUUGCUCCUCAGUCCCCUCUCUGGGGCUGCAGCAAGUGCAGGGGACGUACAGCACUAGCUCCCAAGGUCUCGGGAAAUGAAGCAUCUCAUCCAACAGAACCGAAUGGCCGUUGAAAGCCGGGGGAAUCUGGAGAGCCACCGACUGCCGCUUCCAUGACAAUACCCCACCAUGAACCGCAGCACUUCCCCUCAGUCGGCCGCUUUCACGACCGAGAUAUCCUUCAGCCGUCACAUCGUGGGCAAGAGCGAUAAGCUUCCUGCCUGAUCGGGUUGCACUUUGGGAGCUGAAAGUCGGCCGAGACCAGCGAUAGGCCAAUCAGGCUCAGAAAAGAGGCCGAGAGGUAGCUUGAAGCCAAUCACAGCCGUCGAAUUCUGCUGCCGGCAGGUCCAGCUCCACGGUUAUGGCAACCCCCUUCAACUUGACCGCCACGUUGCUUGUCUUUGACAAUGAGUCUGUGCAGGGACCCAUCCGUAGGGCUGAUGUCCUUUCUGGUUGAGGGUACGUAUCACACGGGAACUGGCGAGAGCACUGCAAGUCAUGCUCGUGUUUCAUCACCAGACAGCUUCUACUUCCACUGCUGCCAUGCAUCACGGCUUGAUUGCUCGGAGGAUGCCGCAGCAUUUCCCUCAGGUGUCACUCAGAUCGUGGCGAAGGCCAAGAGAAAUCCCUCUCUACUCGAUGCUCCCCGAGGCUCAGCAUGAGUUUACUUGUUCAUAAGUAGAGGCGAUACCUGCCCGAUCAGGCUUCAAUUUUGACGCCAUAUUCACUCAUGACAAUCCGCUUACACAUCAAUGUUUUAUUUAACUCUUAAAUACUGCUCAUAAUACUACCCACAAUGUCUCCCACCUCAUCAGCUGCUUCGAAGCAAAAGACUCGACAGGUGUGGACUCCAGAGGAGGACCAUGUCCUUUCAGAAGCUGUCAGGGCUGAAACCCCAGCACACGGCCCCAUCAGUUGGCACAAGGUCGCCUCCCAUUUACCGGGUAGGAACAAUAAGGAUUGUCGCAAGAGAUGGCACUAUAGCAUUAUCAACACCAUCCGGAAAGGCACGUGGACAAAAGACGAAGACCAGAAGCUCAAGGCCGCAGUGGAAGUGUAUGGAGCACGCUGGAGCAAGAUUGCAGAGGCAGUGGGCACUCGCAACGGGGAUCAAUGCUGGAAGCGGUGGUACGACUGUCUUGAUCCCAGCAUUGACAAAAGCCCGUGGACAUCAGACGAGGACGCGAGACUCCUCCACCAAGUAAGCAAAAGCGGUCGAAACUGGAGCGAAAUCGUACACAAGCACUUCCCCAACCGCACCUCCCUGUCCGCCAAGAACCGAUACAGCAUCCUCCAGCGCAAGCAAGAAAACGCAUCCAAGUCUUCCUCCAAGAAGUCCGCUAUCACAUACUCCACAGCUUCAAGCCCAAGCCCAGGGCCCAGUCUCAACUACCUCAGCCCCCCUUCCAUCGCAUCCAGCAGCACCAGCACCCCAGAGCCAGAGUCGUACCCAGAAUGGUUCAUCAAUAGCGGCAACAGCCAGCCUUCCAAUAUGGACUUUGGCUCAUUAGACCAGGGAUACUCCCAGCCUGGUGGGUGGUACCAAGGAGGGGCGAUGAGCACAUCCCACUCGCCAAGUCCUCAGCUGGGUGGUGCUGGGCUGGAAUGGACCACCACUGGCUCGAGUGACAAGACUUGGAGCUCACCUGAUAUGAGCAUCAUGCAGAGCUACUCGCCUGCUCCUCCAACCUUGCUGCCGCAACAGUCGUUGGGUUUCCCGGAGCUGGAUUAUUCCCAGACUCGGCAACCACCUCAACAGCAGAUGUAUGAGCAGUUGUCUGCUGUUGAUGGAAGUUUAUCGGGGUACAACAUGCUGGGAAUUUACCAGACUGAUGCGUUGGUGUAUGAGCAGAGUGAGCAACCGGUGAUGGGCUUUACUCAGCCGAUUGGAUAUGGGGGUGGACAAUGCUGGUGACGGGCGUGGAAUGUCUCGAUAAUGGAAAAGUGUUCAUUCCGUCCCUCUUGUAGCGACAGAGAAAAGCACAGGGUUAGUUGCAUGGGUCUGGAGUUUUUGCAUGCCUGGGUUGGGCUUUUGGUUUUCUAUUUAUCUUACUUUUAAUGCUAUCUGUCGGAGAAACUCCAUUGAAUAGAGAAAAAUGACAUUUCAUAGGUAUCCAAGAUGAGAUGGGUUUGUGAUGUCGUGUCAACGAGUGAACU